AUGUUCCCUGCGUCAAAUCAGGUUUUUUUGGAUAAAAGAGGAUCUGAUCAUAGACCUGUCUUGGUGAGUCUCUUAGCUUCUACAGACUCCUAUACAGGACACUUUAAAUUCGACAAAAGGUUUCUUUACCAGCCUAAGGUAAAGGAGUCUAUCUCAGUCACAUGGAAUAGGAGUUGUCGAUCAAGUGAGAGUUCUGUGUCUGAUCGGCUGAGAAAUUGCAGGAAGACUUUGAGGAAAUGGAAGAAAAACAAUAAUAUGAAUGCCAGGGACAGGAUUCAUCAGUUGGAACUGAAUUUGGAAGAAGAGCAAUCAGUUUUCUGUCCAAGCACACAAAGACUCUGGUAUCUCAAAAGGGAGUUAGCAUUGGCUUACAGAGAAGAUGAGUUGUUCUGGAAACAAAAGAGUAGACAGAAGUGGUUAAGAUCAGGGGAUCGGAACUCCAAGUUCUUUCAUGAUUCAGUCAGAUGGAUGAGCUUUUCUCAAGAAGGUCCAUCCAUACACCACUUGUUAUUCGCUGAUGACAGUCUCUUUCUUUGCAAGGCAACCGAUCAUCAAAGCUAUGCAUUGAAAGGGAUUCUCAGAAUCUAUGGUGAAGCGACAGGUCAGACAGUGAACCCAUCCAAAUCAUCUAUCACCUUUGGGUCUAAGAUUGGGGAGGCUCAAAAAAAGAGGAUUCAAGCUGAGUUGGGGAUUUCAAAAGAAGGCGGAGCUGGAACUUAUCUUGGGUUGCCUGAGUGUUUCAGUGGAUCCAAGAUUGAGUUAUUGAGUUACAUCAAAGAAGGAGUGCAGAAACGGACCUCUACCUGGUUCUCCAGAACUUUAUCUCAAGGAGGUAAAGAGAUUCUGCUUAAAUCAGUUAUUUCUGCUAUGCCGGUUUAUGCAAUGUCAUGUUUCAAACUACCAAAAGCAAUUUGUGCCAAUCUGAAAAGUGCUAUGGCGGAUUUCUGGUGGAGUGCAGUGGAGAAGAAAAGAAAAAUCCAUUGGAUUAGUUGGGAGAAAAUGUGCUUGCCUAAACGUUUAGGGGGAAUGGGGUUUAGAGACAUUGAGGACUUUAAUCAAGCCCAAGAUUACAAAGAAUUAGAGUUGUAA